UCUCUCUCUUCUUUUUAGAUGGCUACAGGUGGUCCACGUAAAUUUACUGGAACGGCUCAAGAUUUUAUCGAUUGGUUUAGGGGUAUUGAACUUGCACCAGUUAUACUUCCUGACAGCCAAACUAAUGGUGAAGGCCUUCCUGCACAGGAAGAUAAAGAAUUGCAUCUUCCACCCCUGCCAGACUAUAUGCGGCAUGAACAAGGACAGUCUUAUGCUCAGAAAUACCAAGAAGAAUUUGCGAAUGAAACUCAGGUCAGCAUCAUAGUAGCUAAUGUAUUCAUGUAUGGUAAGCUAACACUCUUAUCCUGUGUUUAUACAAUAUUGUGUAUAUUUUUGACAUCUCAAAAGUCAUGUGUAAACUAGUUUUUCUCAUUGUUG